CUGACCCACGGGAGGAGGAUGGCAUUGGCGGAGCCUCUUGUGCCGUUUGGAGGGUCGAAGCGGCCGCUGGAAGGUUCUGCAGCCAUUUUUAACCACAAUGAAACUAAUCCAUUAAUAUGAAUCUUACAGUGGUGGAUGCCAAGAAGAGCAUCCUGGAUUCAAGAGGGAUUUGAAUCAAAGCACCACCAGUUAGAGAUUAAAAAUAUUUCUACUUCCUAGAGAAUCCAAGAUUAUAAGUGUUGAAAAAACCCCACAAUCUGUCUAUUGUGGGGGGAAAAACAGAUUACCAAUCACAGCUGAUUAUGCACGAGGGAAUCCACACCACAAAAAAUAUACAAAAAUGCUUGGAAUGUGGCAAACGCUUUACUCGGAGCAACUUCCUCAUGGAAGCACCCACACCCGAGAGAAAUUCUACCAGUGCUCCCAAUGUGGCAAAAGGUUUAGCACAAACACCAGUCUGGUGAGACAUAAGAAGACUCACACUGGGGAGAAACCUUUUGAUUGUCCUGAUUGUGGGAAAAGUUUCAUCCAGAAUUCUGACCUAGUGAUGCACCAGAGGACUCACACGGGAGAGAAACCAUAUGCGUGUCCAGAGUGUGGGAAAAGUUUCAGUAAGAAUUUCAAUCUGGUGAUACACCAGAGGAUUCAUACAGGAUAUAAACCAUAUGAGUGUUUGUAUUGUGGGAAAAAGUUCAGCCAGAAUGCCAACCUGGUAAUACACCAGAGGACUCACACAGGAGAAAAACCAUAUGAGUGUCUGUAUUGCGGGAAAGGUUUCACUCAGAAUGCCAACCUUGUGAUGCACCAGAGGACUCACACAGGAGAGAAACCAUUUGAGUGUCCGGAUUGUGGGAAAAGUUUCCAGCAGAAUUCCAAGCUGGUGAUACACCAGAGGACUCACACAGGAGAGAAACCAUAUGAAUGUCUGGAUUGUGGGAAAGGUUUCAAGGAAAAUUCCACCCUGCUGUUACACCAGAGAACUCACACCGGAGAAAAACCAUAUGAGUGUUCAGAUUGUGGAAAAGCUUUUAGUAGGAAUUCUAACCUGCUGAUCCAUCAGAAGGCUCAUACUGGAGAUAAACCAUAUGAGUGUUCAGAUUGUGGGAAAGGUUUCAAUUGGAAUUCAGAUUUGGUGAUACACCAGAGGAUUCAUACAGGAGAAAAACCAUAUGAGUGCCUGGAUUGCGGGAAAAAUUUCAGUCGGAAUUCCCACCUGGUGGAACACCAGAGAACUCACACAGGAGAAAAACCAUAUGAGUGUCCUGAUUGUGGGAAAAGUUUCUAUCGUAAUUCUAACUUGGUGGUACACCAGAGAACCCACACAGGGGACAAACCAUAUCAGUGUAUAGAGUGCGGUAAGAGUUUCCAUUGGAAUUCUGCCCUGUUGGUAAUACACCAGCGGACUCACACAGGAGAGAAACCAUAUGAGUGUUCAGAUUGUGGGAAAAGUUUCAGUCGGAAUUCUUACCUGGUGAUACAUCAGAGGACUCACACAGGAGAGAAACCAUAUGAGUGUUCAGAUUGUGGGAAAAGCUUCAGUCGGAAUUCUUACUUGGUGAUACAUCAGAGGACUCACACAGGAGAGAAACCAUAUGAGUGUUUGGAUUGUGGGAAAAGUUUCACUCGGAAUUCUUACUUGGUGAUACACCAGAGGAUUCACACAGGAGAAAAACCAUAUGAGUGUUUGGAUUGUGGGAAAAGUUUCAACAAUAAUUCUAACCUUGUGAUACACCAGAGAACUCAUACAGGAGAGAAACCUUAUGAGUGUUCGGAUUGUGGGAAAUGUUUCAGUCAGAACUCUAAGCUUGUGAUACACCAGAGAUCUCACACCGGAGAGAAACCAUAUCAGUGUUUGGAUUGUGGGAAAAGUUUCACUCGGAAUUCUUACCUAGUAAUACACCAGAGGACUCACACAGGAGAGAAACCAUAUGAGUGUUUGGAUUGUGGGAAAAGUUUCAAAAAUAAUUCUAACCUGGUGAUACACCAGAGAACUCAUACAGGAGAGAAACCAUAUGAGUGUUCGGAUUGUGGGAAAAGUUUCAGUCAGAACUCUAAGCUUGUGAUACAUCAGAGAAGUCACACAGGAGAGAAACCAUAUGAAUGUUCGGAUUGUGGGAAAAGUUUCAAAAAUAAUUCUAAACUUGUGAUACACCGGAGGAGUCACACGGGGGAGAAACCAUAUGAGUGUCUAUACUGUGGGAAAAGUUUCAGUCAGAGCUCUUACCUGGUGAUACACCAGAGGAUUCACACGGGUGAGAAACCAUAUGAGUGUCCAGAUUGUGGGAAAGGUUUCAGUCAGAACUCUUACUUGGUGGUCCACCAGAGGAGACACACGGGCGAGAAACCAUAUGAGUGUCCGGAUUGUGGGAAAGGUUUCCAGCAGAAUUCCAGUCUGGUAGUACACCAGAGGACCCACACAGGAGAGAAACCAUAUGAAUGUCCAGAUUGUGGGAAAAGUUUCAAUCAAAAUUGUAAACUUGUUCAACACCAAAGUACUCACACAGGAGAGAAACCAUAUAAGUGUCCAGAUUGUGGGAAAGCUUUCAUUUGGAAUUAUCACUUGGUGAGACACCAGAGGACACACACAGGAGAGAAACCAUAUAAGUGCCCAGUUUGUGGGAAAAGUUUCCAGCAGAAAUCCUAUCUGUUCCUACACCAGAGGACUCACACAGGAGAGAAACCAUAUGAGUGUCCAGAUUGUGGGAAAGCUUUCAGUAGGAAUUCUGACCUGCUGAAACACCAGAGGACUCACACAGGAGAGAAACCAUAUGAGUGUCCAGAUUGUGGGAAAAGCUUUAGUCAUAAUUCCUACUUGGUUAUACACCAGAGAACUCACACUGGGGAGAAACCGUAUGAGUGUCCAGAUUGUGGGAAAAGUUUCAGUAAUCAUUCUAACCUUCUGAAACACCAGAUGACUCAUACAGGAGAGAAACCAUAUGAGUGUUCAGAUUGUGGGAAAAGCUUUAGUCAUAAUUCCUACUUGGUUACACACCAGAGAACUCACACAGGAGAGAAACCAUAUGAGUGUCUUUACUGUGGUAAAAGUUUCAGUCAGAACUCUAACCUGGUGAUACACCAGAGGACUCACACAAGACAAUAUGCAUGUUGUGGGAAAAGCGCAGAUUGCAAAUCAGAGCUCAUUAUGCAUCAGAGAAUCCACACUUGUGAAAAACCAUACAAAUGCCCCGAAUGUAGCAAAGUCUUUCGCUACACUUCCCAACUUACUGAGCAUAAAAGAACCCAUACUGGAGAAAAGCCCUACCAAUGCCCACAGUGUGCCAAAAAGUUUAGUAAGCAUGCCAACCUGGUGAUACACAAGAGGACUCACACCGGAGAGAAACCGUACAAGUGUCCAGAGUGCGGGAAACGUUUCAGUCAGCAUUCCAACCUGGUGAUACACCAGAGGACUCACACUGGGGAGAAACCAUAUGAGUGUUCGGAUUGUGGGAAAAGUUUCCAGCAGAAUUCCAACCUGGUGAUACACCAGAGAACUCACACAGGAGAGAAACCCUACAAGUGUUCAGAUUGUGGAAAAUGUUUCAGUAAGAAUUCUAACCUCGUGAUACACCAGAGGACACAUACAGGAGAGAAACCAUAUGAGUGUCCGGACUGUGGGAAAAGCUUUAGUCAUAAUUCUUACUUGGUUAUACACCAGAGAACUCACACUGGGGAGAAGCCAUAUGAGUGUCCAGAUUGUGGGAAAAGUUUCAAUAAUAAUUCUAACCUUGUGAAACACCAGAGAACUCACACAGGAGAGAAACCAUAUGAGUGUCUAUAUUGUGGGAAAAGUUUCAGUCAGAACUCUUGCCUGGUGAUACACCAGAGAACUCACACGGGCGAGAAACCAUAUGGGUGUCCGGAUUGUGGGAAAGGUUUCCAGCACAGUUCCAAUUUGGUCAUACACCAAAGAACUCACACAGGAGAGAAACCAUAUGAAUGUUCAGUUUGUGGGAAAUGUUUCAGUAAGAAUUCCAACAUGGUGAUACACCAGAGGGUUCACACAGGAGAGAAACCAUAUGAAUGUUCAGAUUGUGGGAAAUGUUUCAGUAAGAAUUCCAACCUAGUAAUACAUCAGAGGACUCACACAGGAGAGAAACCAUAUGAGUGUCCAGAUUGUGGGGAAAGCUUCAGUCAUAAUUCCGACUUUGUGAAACACCAGACGACUCACACAGGAGAGAAACUGUAUCAGUGUCCGAAAUGUGGGAAAAAAUUCGCCCGGAAUUCUAAGCUAGUGAUACAUCAGAGAUCUCACACAGGAGAAAAACCAUAUCAGUGUCCAGAUUGUGGGAAAGGUUUCAGUCAGAAUGCCCAUCUGGUGAUACACCAGAGGACUCACACAGGAGAGAAACCGUAUAAGUGUCCAGAUUGUGAUAAAAGUUUCCAGCAGAAUUCCAACCUGGUAGUACAUCAGAAGACUCACACGGGACAGAAACCGUAUGAGUGCCCAGACUGUGGGAAACGUUUUACUCGAAAUUCCAACCUGAUGAUACACCAGAGGACUCACACAGGAGAGAAACCAUAUGAGUGUCCAGAUUGUCGGAAAUGUUUCAGUCUUAAUUCUGCCCUUGUGACGCACAUGAGGACACACACAGGAGAGAAACCAUAUGAGUGUCCAGAUUGUGGGAAAAGUUUCAGUCAGAAUUCUACCUUAAUGAUGCACCAGAGAACUCAUACAGGAGAGAAACCCUAUGAGUGUUCAGUUUGUGGGAAAUGUUUCAGUUAUAAUUCCAGCCUUGUGCAACACCAGAGAAUUCAUACAGGAGAGAAACCAUAUGAAUGUCCAGUAUGUGGGAAAAGUUUCAAUCAUAAUUGCAACCUUGUGAAACACCAAAGGACUCACACAGGAGAGAAACCAUAUGAGUGUUCAGAUUGUGGGAAAGCUUUCAGUUGGAAUUCUGACCUGGUGAGACACCAGAGAAUUCACACAGGCCAUACUGGAGAAAAGCCCUACCAGUGCCCACAGUGUGACAAAAAGUUUAGUAAGCAUGCCACCCUGAUGAUACACAAGAGGACACACACGGGAGAGAAACCGUACAAGUGUCCACAGUGCGGGAAAAGUUUCAGUCAGAACUGUAAGCUUGUGAUACACCAGAGAACUCACACAGGAGAGAAACCAUAUGAGUGUCUGUACUGUGGGAAAAGUUUCAAAAGUAAUUGGACACUUGUGAUACACCAGCGGGGUCACACGGGGGAGAAACCAUAUGAGUGUCUAUACUGUGGGAAAAGUUUCAGUCAGAGCUCUAACCUGGUGAUACACCGGAGGAGUCACACGGGAGAGAAACCAUAUGAGUGUCCAGAUUGUGGGAAACUUUUCAGUCAGAGCUAUUACUUGGUGGUCCACCAGAGGAGACACACAGGCGAGAAACCAUAUGAGUGUCCGGAUUGUGGGAAAGGUUUCCGGCAGAAUUCCAGGCUGAUAGUACACCAGAGGAUUCACACCGGAGAGAAACCAUAUGAAUGUCCAGAUUGUGGGAAAGGUUUCAAACAAAGGUGUAAACUUGUUCAACACCAAAGUACUCACACAGGAGAGAAACCAUAUAAGUGUCCAGAUUGUGGGAAAGCUUUCGUUUGGAAUUAUCACUUGGUGAGACACCAGAGGACACACACAGGAGAGAAACCCUAUGAGUGUUCAGUUUGUGGGAAAUGUUUCAGUUAUAAUUCCAGCCUUGUGCAACACCAGAGAACUCAUACAGGAGAGAAACCAUAUGAAUGUCCAGUAUGUGGGAAAGCUUACAGUAGGAAUUUUGAGCUGUUUAAACACCAGAGGACUCACACAGGAGAGAAACCAUAUGAGUGUCCAGAUUGUGGGAAAGCUUUCAGUUGGAAUUCUGACCUCAUGAGACACCAGAGAAUUCACACAAGACAAAGAGAUUGCCAAGAAGAGUCUUCUGGACAGCAAAGAAUCAGAAGCAACACUACGAAGGAAAACAAAUCCUUUCCUCCAGAAAACCACAAAGCUUUUCUCCGUUCCCCAGAAAGUGAGCAACGAGUAAGGAAAGAAAAUAGAAAAAGAGUUUUGAGCUGGGAAAAAAUAUAUAUGUGGAACUCAAGGAAACAUUGCAUGAAAAGAUUUCUUGAACUUUUGUCAAAAGAGAGAGAAAGGUAAAUCCUACUUGCUCAUUAUGGACCUGCAGUUGAGAGUUCAAUCUUCUUAGUUUAAGUCAAGUAAUGUGCUUCUCAAAUCGCACCAUCCUGGUUCUCGAUUUUGUAUAAAGUACCUCCUUCAAGUCAUGGAAGUAAAAGAUCUCUAUCUGGCUUUCCAAAGUGAGAAUUGGUUUUCCUGUGAAAUAUGAAAAAAGAUAAAAGAAUUCGAGUUGA